CUUCUACCUUGCAAUCAGCCUGCCCCACUAAGGCAGGACCAAUAUGUGCCCCUCUUCCCCUUCCCCCUUGGAUUUUCAGAGUGCCAGGGUCUCUGAGGGCAGAGCCAGCGCUGGGCAAGGUGGCUGCUGGGAGUGGAAAUCGGCAUGGCAGAUAUUGAUGCUGACCCCCAGGCUGGAUGGCCCACUGAGUGACCUGCCCUGGGAGCCUGUGGCAGAGCCAGGAACUGAAUCCAGAUUUUCUGCAUCCCAGUCCAGUGUUUUAGCUGCAAGACCAGAUAGGAUGCUACUACUCAUGCAGAGUAAGGACAUUUCCCUCGGGGCCGAGACCGAGAGCGGCUCCCCCGGGGGGCCGGACGGGGCCGGCGGGGAGGAGGGCGGCGAGCCCCGCGGCAGCCAGGCGAGCUUCAUGCAGCGCCAGUUCGGGGCCAUGCUCCAGCCCGGGGUCAACAAGUUCUCGCUGCGGAUGUUCGGCUCCCAGAAGGCGGUGGAGCGGGAGCAGGAGCGGGUCAAGUCGGCGGGGGCCUGGAUCAUCCACCCCUACAGCGACUUCAGGUUCUACUGGGACUUCACGAUGCUUCUCUUCAUGGUGGGCAACCUCAUAAUCAUCCCGGUGGGCAUCACCUUCUUCAAGGAGGAGACGACGGCCCCCUGGAUAGUCUUCAAUGUGGUCUCUGACACGUUCUUCCUCAUGGACCUGGUGCUGAACUUCCGCACGGGGAUAGUCAUCGAGGACAACACGGAUAUCAUCCUGGACCCGGAGAGGAUUAAGAAGAAGUACCUGAAGACCUGGUUUGUGGUGGAUUUUGUCUCCUCCAUCCCUGUGGAUUAUAUUUUCCUCAUCGUGGAGAAGGGCAUUGAUUCGGAGGUGUACAAAACGGCCCGGGCCCUCCGCAUUGUCCGCUUCACCAAGAUCCUCAGUCUUCUGCGUCUGCUGCGCCUCUCCCGGCUCAUCCGUUACAUCCACCAGUGGGAAGAGAUCUUCCAUAUGACCUACGACCUGGCCAGCGCGGUGAUGAGGAUCAUUAACCUCAUCGGCAUGAUGCUGCUGCUGUGUCACUGGGAUGGCUGCCUCCAGUUCCUCGUGCCCAUGCUCCAGGACUUCCCCAGCAACUGCUGGGUCUCCAUCAACGGCAUGGUGAACAACUCGUGGAGUGAGCUGUAUUCCUUUGCCCUGUUCAUGUCAAUGAGCCAUAUGCUGUGCAUCGGGUAUGGGAAGCAGGCCCCUGAGAGCAUGACGGAUAUUUGGCUCACCAUGCUCAGCAUGAUCGUCGGCGCUACCUGCUACGCCAUGUUCAUUGGCCACGCCACCGCCCUCAUCCAGUCGCUGGACUCCUCCAGGCGCCAGUACCAGGAAAAGUACAAGCAAGUGGAGCAGUACAUGUCCUUCCACAAGCUGCCCACCGACUUCCGGCAGAAGAUCCACGACUACUACGAACACCGCUACCAGGGCAAGAUGUUCGACGAGGACAGCAUCCUGGGCGAGCUCAACGAGCCCCUGCGGGAGGAGAUUGUGAACUUCAAUUGCCGCAAGCUGGUGGCCUCCAUGCCCCUCUUUGCCAACGCGGACCCCAACUUCGUCACGGCCAUGCUCACCAAGCUGAAGUUUGAGGUUUUCCAGCCGGGCGACUACAUCAUCCGCGAAGGCACCAUCGGCAAGAAGAUGUACUUCAUCCAGCACGGCGUGGUGAGCGUCCUCACCAAGGGCAACAAGGAGAUGAAGCUCUCGGACGGCUCCUACUUCGGAGAAAUCUGUUUGCUGACAAGGGGCCGCCGCACGGCCAGCGUCCGGGCCGACACCUACUGCCGCCUCUACUCGCUCUCCGUGGAUAACUUCAACGAGGUGCUGGAGGAGCACCCCAUGAUGAGACGGGCCUUCGAGACCGUUGCCAUCGACCGCCUUGACCGCAUAGGGAAGAAGAACUCCAUCCUGCUGCACAAGGUCCAGCACGACCUGAACUCCGGGGUCUUCAACAACCAGGAGAACGAGAUCAUCCAGGAGAUCGUCAAGUACGACCGGGAGAUGGUGCAGCAGGCAGAGCUGCAGCACCACACGGCCAUAUACGCGCCCGUCCAGCCCCAGGUGACCUCGGCCAUUGCCACCCUGCAGCAGGCUGUUGCCAUGAGCUUCUGCCCCCAGAUGGCCAGCCCCCUGGUGAGCUCCGUGGCCCUCGGUUCACCCAGGAUGAUGCGGCGCCUACAGUACGCCCAGGGCGUCCCUGGCCCCUUCUCCAUCUCCCCGGUGCUGCUCCAGCAGCAGAACCUGUCGCUGCAGCAGCAGCCGCCAUCCCGGCCCACCUCCACCGGCCCCUUCGCCUCGGUGGUGUCCAGCCCUCCGACCCAAAGCCCCCGAGCCAGCCGGACGUUCCCGUACGCCGCCCCGGGUCAGUCGGGCUCCCAGCUCUCCCUGACUCAGCAGACGGCUCCUGGCUCUCCCCAGCGGCUGGCUGUCCACAAAAGCACACAGGCCCUGCACACGAGCAGCCUGAGCAAGGAGUCGAGGCCGUUGUCGGCCUCGCAGCCCUCCCUGCCUCACGGAGUCUCGCAGACCAUGACCCAGAGUCCUCCGCCCUCGGCCCACGAGUCCAGCACCUCCAUGGCUGGGGUCCAGGCUUUGGCCUCCCCUGGCUCGGGCCCCCAGGCUGGGCUCAGAGGGACGGUGCCGCCCCGUGUGGCCCUAUCCCACCAGAUGUCCACGGGCUCUGUCUACACGGGGGCAGCUGGCAGCCAGCAGGACUCGAGCAGCGCCCGGAAGGAUUCGGUGGUCAGUGCCCCCGACUCGGACCCAGCCAAAGCCAGGCUCUCUUCCAACUUGUGACCUUUGCGCCAGGCCCGCUGAUCCUGGGUAGCGGGGUAACGGUGGGGCUGCCAAGCAGCUGCAAUCUCCACCCUGUCUCCAUGCUCCCGCCUGCUUGUUUCCAACUGGCGAAGGCCCUGCCCUGGCUCACUCCCUAGGGGAGUGGAAAUCAAAGGGUUAAUGAGCCCCAGAGCCAACCGUGGGGCUCGCCACCCCCUGACUCGAAUCCUGCAACCGGGGCCUCUGAUCCAGCGGGGGCCUGUCCCCCUUCUGUACAGAGCACAGCAGCCGGGCGUUGCUGCCACACGCACUGAUUGAGCCUCCCACACGCCCCGAUGAAUCACCUAUGACCAAAGUCCAGAGUCAUCGCUCGCUGCCACUGCCCGUAUGAAGAGCAUCGUCCAUCCGAACCCACUGACUGCACCAUAGAAGCCAUAACUAGUUGAUCUCUUGACUAUGAAAUCUGUGUGUAGAGCCCCCCUCGGAGGGCCGCUUAUGGGAGUCCACAUGCACUGGAGCGCCAGGUCCCAUGAUAGCGCCAGGUCCCAUGAUAGCGCAGGGCUCUGAGGAACGGGUCGCCUCCCCCAACCCCCCGGGACCUGGUGGGAUAGGGAGGAGUAGCCAGAGGGGGCUGGGCCCCUGCCAGGCCCCGCCAAGUUCCUCACCCAAUGUGUUCUGCCUCCUGGCACCGGCCUGUGUCCAACGCGAGCCUGAGCCCAUCCCUUGUGCCACAUGCGGGGAUGCCGGGGCGAGGAGGGGGAGGAGCGGGAAGGGGACCGGGCACCGGGGCCAUGUGGUUCUGUCUGCAAAGGCCCGUGAGGACAGGCGUAUCCUGGGACUGCCACUUCCUCCGCCCUUGCUGGACUAGCCUUUGGGGCUGGACACCUCUGCCUCGCCCCCCCCACCCCACUCAUCCUAUUGCCCCUGCCUCCGCCCCCCCCCCCCUCAUCCUAUUGCCCCUGCCUCGUGCCCUGGCCCCUCUCUGCUCCUCCACAGCGCCUCGCCUUGUCCCCACCCCUGCUCUCUGCCCCCCCCCACCCGGCACCUUGCCUCAUCCCCAUCCCCUUGGCAUCAGAGGCAGGGAGGAGGGGAUCUCCUCCCCCAGGGGCUAGUGCAAUGCCUGGCUCCGCUCCCAGCCUGGAUCGUCCCCCUGCCCGCCCCCCGGGGUCCCAUCAGGCUCCCCAUGCCUUUGCUUACACCUCCCUCGCUCUGUUCCAAGGAGCGGCCUCCAGCCCCUGCUCCCUUGUCUGGGGGCCUAGGGAGGGGAUGCCCCGGCCGGGAGGCCCCAGUUCACAUCUCACUCGCUGAAUGUUUUCUAUGUUUUUAAUAGAAAAAUCAAUGUCAAGCUGCUCAACACCCACCCCUUUUCCCCUUCUUCUCCUAUCCUCCCCCCACAUAGUUUAACGGGCAGAGCGAGGGACUGGGCAGUCUAGUCCCUGGCUCUGGCCCAACUCACUGUGUGGCUUUAGGCAAGUCACCUCACCUCUCUGUGCCUCGGUUUCCCCAUCUGUAAAAUGGGGAUAAUAAUACUUACCUAUGUGACCGCACGAGAGGUUGAGAACUAGAGUACUUUGCAAGCCUUGCGACAGAGAUGGGCAAAGUAUUAUUAUCUAUUAGCAUCCCUGCGCUCUGCUGGCCCGUCUCCUCACCUUCCCAGGGCACGGCUGCCUGGCACCUGCAUCCCAGCUGGCUCCUGCAGACAACAGGAUGCGCACUGAGAUCAGUUGAAGGCCUGGAGCCAGCCCUCUUGGGCACUGAUUAACACCCCCUCUCCCAUGGGAAGGUCCUAGGGCAAACUUGCUCUGAUCUCUCUAUAUUGGUGGGCCCCACGUGCCCCCUCUGGGACACUGGCACUGCAUUGGCGGGAGAGUCGUGUGCUCAGCCCCUUGCAGGAUCUGCAUCUGGAUCCCUUCCCUGCCAUCCCUGCAGUACGAUCAAUUCACAUACCAGCCUCUCGAGAGGCUGCUCCGUGACACUGAAGGUAAGUGAGCACUGGGCAUGAGGGGGUCGGGGAUGCUAAGAGGAGAGGGUUGGCUUUGGGAACUCCUGGCAGAGCAGAGAGGGCAGGCAGGCUCCAGGAGGUGGCUGGGCACCCUCUCCAUGGGUGGCUGCCUCCUCUUGACAAUGGCACUUUGCAACCUGGACGGCUGUUUGUUUUUCAAGUGCAAUAUUGAAACGGAAAGCGCUGAGCCUGGCGAGCAUCGUCCAUUCCCUCCUGCCGCCCUCAUCACUGCAAUAAUCGUGCCAGGCCAAAGGACACAGCCUACUUGGCCUCUAGCCCGGCCCCUGGCCUGCAGGCUGCUGGGGCUGUGUGUGGGGUUCAGGGCAUUCAGGGAAAAGCUUCUUUCACCGGGGGGCUCCUGCUUUGUCCUACAAAAGCAAAUUUCUGAGCGAGCUUCUGUCGUGCUGGGGGGGAGCAAAAUGCCCAUUAGCUUAGUAAGACAGGAAAUGGGGGGGGGGGAAUUGGGGCUAGGGCUUUGUUAAUGAUGAAUCCAGCGUGGGUUGGCAGUGGGCCCCCGCUUCCCAUCAGCCCCUCGAUCUGUGGACUAUACCAGCCAAGGGGACAGCAUUAGAGGCAGGGCCAAAAGACCCCCUUUCCCUCCACAGCCAAACACCCAACUUGGGAGAGCUUGGGUGUGAAUUUAGCAGCUUGGGCCCAUCGCUGUAGCUGAAGUGCAAGGCGUGUAUGGCGGGGGGGUGGGGGAAUGGUUUACCACAUCUUGGCAGGACCAGCUGCAAUUCAGCAUGGGCUCCUGCCCCUACCCUUCCAGCUGCCUCGCAGUGUUUAGCGCCACCCACUGUCUGUGGUGUCUGCAUGUGGCUCUCGUCAUUGGGCAUGCUGUGUGAGUCUUUCGUCCCGUGUGCGUCUGCAUGUGUGGGGAGGCGCUGCAUAGCCCACAGCUGGAAGGUAGGGCUUGGAGCAGAAGCUGGUUGAGGGCUUGGGCGGGGGGAGGAGGAAGGAAGAAUUAGCCCUGGGCAUGUAUGUGGGGGGUGUCUCUCCCACCCUCCAUGUACAGGGCUGGAAUUCAGCUGCCACAGCUGGUAGGGGGAAGAUCUCAUGCUCACUGAUUUCCCACCCUGAGAGGCAUCAGGACUGCUGCUUUCCAGGCCCCCUCUCUCUCCUUUCUCGAGCCUGGCCUCCCUAGGGGAGGCAGAACUGAUUGAAGGUGCCACUCAGAGAGGCGUGUGAUAAAUCAGCCUAUAUCUGAUUCCCAACAGAGCAGGCACCAGGCCUUGCCCCACCUGCUCCCCUGCUAUGAGGGACCCUAAACGUGUUCGGCCCCCCGGUGUUCUAAACUGCACCGCUGAGGUAGGGGCCAGACUGCCAAAGCCAGCUCAGCCUAGGGGAGAAGGGGCUCACGCCACCCCCAUCUCUUGUGUUACCUGGAUUCCUCCCAGGUAAGACGCCGUGGGGAGGGGCGAUGCAGAACGUAAAGCAAACGAUGCCUGGUGCAGCUGCACUUGGACUUACUGCUGGGUUGCCUGGACUUCCAGCCCAGUCCCUCCCCUUCCCUCCUUAGAGCCAGAGACCAGAAAGAGCUGGGAUAUCCAUCCUUCUGCAUUUUGUGAAGGCUCCCUACAGUACAUGUUCCCUGGAAUCUCAGAGUCAGGUUGGUUCACCUGAGCCGAAGCAGGUGAUAAUUUUUCUCCCCUUAAAGGGGAUCUGAAGAGCACAGUCCCCGGGAGGUUUCUUAAUGUCCGGUGCAAAGGGCUGGGAUUGACUUGGGCGUUGGAGGAAGAGCGUCUGUUUUUCUAGGCCAGCAGGAGUUGAGCUUUUAGGAAGGGGACAAUCCUUUUAGUGGUUUUCUUGCCUUUGAUUUGAGUUUGUUGCCAAGGUGCGCUAGUGCUUUGUGCAUGAAUUUUUUUAUGCCCGGUUCUCUUAGGACUGUCCUGGGGCAGUAGCACUGAUGGCUAAUGGUGAUGGGAGUGAUUAAACACAAUGUCCACUUGUAAGCAUUUUUAAAAGCAAAAGCUGGGGCAGCAGACUCCAGCCUGCGGGGGCUGUGACCUCCUGGAAGAGGCUUGUCGGAAAGCAAGCCCUGUCCCGGCACUGAUGAGUUAGGGGACAGGGCCAGCACAACCCCUUGGCCUGGUGAGUAGUAGUUGUGUCACGCCUGGCCGGCGCUGAGGUGUUCUUGCUUUAAUCCUCGACGUCUGAUCCACAGCGGACAAGGCAAGGAGCGGGCGAACGGUCAACGUGUUUCUUAUUAUCGAUACUACUUACUAAUAUCCUUAUUACGCUAACGUGUAGCCGGUACCUUUUCGAAGGUGGAGGCAGGUGUGUGUGCUAACGCCUGUAUUCCUAGCAUCCUUGCGCCUUUCAUGUUGAAUGUAUAACCGAUAACGGAACUCGUGGUGACAAAAGCCAAGCAAAGCGCCCUGUAGCUAUGGAGACGGCUGGAUUGUGUCACUGGCGCUGGCGGCUGUUUCCGUCGGAGAAUCCACCUUUUUUUCAUCCAGACCAUCCUGUGCAAUAAACAUGACAGCCCUGGCAGAGCUACGCAGGAGUCCGUCUCUUUUCGCUGCUGCCCGUCA